UAGCACAGAGCACGAGUACAGCAGACAAACAAAAACAAGCUCUACAUGUAGCUUGUAAUGUGCUAACUUAUGUGAUCUAAGCUGAGAAACUUCUAGGUUUUGCCCUGAAUUUAGGAGAUCCCUUGGAGACCCCUGUGCUGCAGACAUUUACAAGAAACCCCUAUGGAGACUGAGGUGCAGCCGUCUGCCCAGGAGCAGCUUGGGUCGUUUCUGCUCAGGAAGCUUGACAGAAUGAGAGCAGCUGAGGAACUCACUGAUGUCGUCUUAUUAGCAGAGGGGAUUCCCUUCCCAUGCCACAAGGUGGUGCUGUCUGCAUUCAGCCCUUACUUCCAGGCCAUGUUUACAUGUGGUCUGAAGGAAACUCGAGGAGGAGAGGUGCCUCUGAGAGACACUCCUGCACAGAGCCUUGAGCUGCUUCUCAAGUACAUGUAUUGCGCUGAACUUCCCCUUUCCAACGACAACAUCCAGGGAGUGGCUGCUGCUGCCUUCCUGCUCCAUGUGGAUGGAGCUUUCAGGUUGUGUCAGAACCACAUGGAGGCCCAUAUGGACGCCUCAAACUGUGUUGGUCUGAACUACUGGGCCAGAGACCUUGGUGCUACUGAUCUAGCUGACUGCGCUUUGAAAUAUAUCUGCCAACACUUUGCGCAGGUUUGCGAGGAAGAAGAAGUGCUGGACCUGGAUGCCCAGUGUCUCGGGGAUCUUUUGAGCUUGGAUGACCUCAACAUUUCACAGGAGGAACUUUUGCUUGAGCUGGUGCUGCGGUGGGUUGAGAGGCACAGGAACAACCCGCAGAGCGAAGCCCAGGCUGUGGAGUUGCUCAGACAUGUACGCCUAGAGCUGGUGGACCCUGGAUUUCUCCGGAAAGCAAGGAGGAGGAACCCGGUACUGCUGCGGCAUGCCGAGUGCUUUGGGAUGAUCGAUGCUGCCCUCCAGACCGCAGGUCUCUGUGAGACGUCCGCUCCGCCUCGCCCGCCUCUUCGUUAUGGCAUGGAGACGACGGAUUUGCUGCUCUGUUUGGGUGGCGUGGACGCUGAGGGUGUGCCUGCGAGACGGGGAGGACUUGCAGACCUCAGCUUUUGUUUUGCACCUCGUGGUAGAAGGACCUGCUACAUGCCGUCUCCACUGAGAGACUGUGGAGGUCAGGGCCAGAUCACAGGAGGGGCAGUGGCCCGGGGCAGCAGCAUACUGCUGGCUGUAGAUGCAGAGGAUCAACACAGGAGGAAGAGGCUGGAUAUUUACAAAUACAGUUUAAAAGAGAAAAUCUGGGCAAAGUUGUGCUCUGCACCCUACAGAGACAUGUAUGCAUUGGGGUUGGUCGAAGAUGCUCUGUACCUGAUUGGCGGUCAGAUGAAAGUGCACCAUCACUAUGUUAUAACGGACAACGUGGUCAGAUGGUCACUGAAGAGAGGAGGUAGCUGGCUCACUUUCGCUCCUUUACCACUUGCUUUAGCCUGCCACUGCACCGUGAGCCUGAAGGAGCAUCUCUAUGUGCUGGGAGGCUGGACCCCACAGGACCAGCCGGAUGACGAGCCGGACAAGCUGAGUAACAGAGUGUUUCGAUUUGACCCUGCCAAAGAUAGGUGGACGGAGUGUGCCAGGAUGAAGUACUCCAGGUACCGCUGCGGUACAGCUGUCCUCAACGGAGAAAUCUACAUAUUAGGUGGUAUAGGAUGUGACGGUGAGGAUUGUGGACAAUCGCGCCGCUGUCUGAGCUCUGUAGAAAUAUACAACCCAGUUACAGACACCUGGAGGCCCGGUCCAGCACUGCCUACAACCUUACUUUCCCUUCGAACCAACGCCACCAACAUAGGAGAGGUAGAAGGAAAGCUCUACCUUUGUGGCUACUACAAAGGGGUCGGUCGCCAUGAGAUCAUCACCAAGGAGAUUUUGGAGUUAGACCCUGCAGACAAUGUGUGGACGGUUGUGGAGAGACGAGCUGCUAUGCACGACAGCUACGAUGUCUGUCUGGUGGCUAUCCUCAACCCUCGGGACCUCCUGACGCCCUGACGCAAGCGCCUCCUCAUGACUCUCAGGGCAGCAAUGCGGGGGCCUGUGUAGGUGAUGACUGCUUAAUGUUUCAUUUUAUACAAAGCUUCAUUCAAACAUGCUUUAAUCCCACAUGUUAUGCAUCUCAAAAUGAGUGAAAUGAGCUUGUGUGCAUUUUGUUCAGGUGAGUCAGUCUGCUGCUAGACAGAUAAAUUGGUACAAUUGUAUUUAAAUUGCUUCACAAUAAGAACACUGUCUCAGAGACUUUCAGAAUAGUUUACUUUCUCAAAAAGUGGUCUUUGUUGCUCAUCAGCACAAAAGCAGAUCAUGGGAACCUUUUAAUAACUUCCUAUGCACAAAAACACAACAAUUUCAGGAUAAACUCAUAUAUGAAGUUAUAUAAAGUGAACUGCACGCUUAUUAGCACCCCUGGAAAUGGAAGGGAUGUGUAAAGACCAUCUUGCAUUGCAGUAACAUAGUUUUGGAGAAACCUCACUUCUGAAUUUAGAAUAUGUAUUCAGUGAAAUCAAGUAUAAUACUUUUGAUCAGAAUUUCAAUCAUAUUAAAGCCCUGCACAACUG